CGGCUCGCGCUUCAUUCUGAGCAGAGCCAGGUGCCGCGCAGCCAGCUCAGCCCCCCUGCGGCGGCUCCCUCCCGGCCUCUCCUCCUACGAGCAGCAUGAAAGCCUUCAGUCCGGUGAGGUCCGUUAGGAAAAACAGCCUGUCGGACCACGGCUUGGGCAUCUCCCGGAGCAAAACCCCGGUGGACGACCCGAUGAGCCUUCUCUACAACAUGAACGACUGCUAUUCCAAGCUCAAGGAACUGGUGCCCAGCAUCCCGCAGAACAAGAAGGUGACCAAGAUGGAAAUCCUGCAGCACGUCAUCGACUACAUCUUGGACCUGCAGAUCGCCUUGGACUCGCACCCCACGAUCGUCAGCCUGCACCAUCAGAGACCUGCACAGAACCAGGCGUCCAGGACGCCGCUGACCACCCUGAACACGGACAUCAGCAUUCUGUCUUUGCAGGCAUCUGAAUUCCCUUCUGAGCUUAUGUCGAAUGAUAGCAAAGUACUCUGUGGCUGAAUAAAUUGGCAUCUGGGGACUUUUUUUUUUUUUUUUUACUUUCUCUUUUUCUUUUGCACAACAAGAAGUCUACAGGAUCUUUUAAGACGCUGAACUUUUUUGUUUUCAACCAUUUCACCAGGAGAACAAGUUGAAUGGACCUUUUUAAAAAGAAAAGCAAAAUGGAAGGAAAACUGAGUGAUCAUCUUCUUCCCCAGGAGUUCUCCAGCCUGGACUGUGAUACCGUUAUUUAUGAGAGACUUUCAAAGCCCUUUCUACAGUUGGAAGGUUUUCUUUAUAUACUAUUCCCACCAUGGGGAGC